GAUUGGGACUCCUUGGCGGCCGCGCCGUCGCCAGAGCUGCCAGACGAUUGGGCGGCCCUAGCGGCAGGCGUAGACGAGCCCCCCGCCCCCGAGAUCGGCAACCCGAUCGGCGCAGAGAGCGUCGUGCCGUUGGCGGUGCAGCCGCCGAGGCGGAAGAGAG